GCAGAAGCCAUCCGAUCCCAUCGCUCGCUAUUGAAUAUUGAUCUGUAGCUUGGCGAUCCAUGGAUCCCAACAUGUUCACCUACAAGACCAAUGAGGCGCUCAAUGUUGCGCACGAGGUGGCGUCAGAGGCCGGCCACGAGGAGUUGACGCCGCUCCACCUCGCCGCGGUGCUGGCCAAGGACAGGUCCGGCAUCCUACGGCAGGCCAUCGCCCAUGCCUCAGAUGGCAGCGACGACGCGGGCAAAUCGUUCGAGCGCGUCGUGGCAACCGCGCUCAGGGGGUUGCCUUCGCCGCCCCUCUCCCAGCCGCGGGAGCGGGAGCGGGACACCGUCCAAGCGUCCACCUCGCUGUUCAAGGUCAUCCGCCGCGCCCAGUCGGCGCAGAUGUCGCUAGGUGACUCCCACCUCGGUGUCCACCAGCUGCUUGUCGGCCUCCUUCAGGACGCGCACAUCUCCGACGCGCUCAACGAAGCCGGCGUGCCCGUCGCGCGGGUCAAGGAUGAGGUGGAGAAGCUCCGUGGAGGCGACAACCGGCGCGUUGAUUCCGCUUCGGGAGACACCAACUUGCAGGCCCUCAAGACGUAUGGCCGCGAUCUGGUCGACGUGGCUGGCGCGGGCAAGCUCGACCCCGUCAUCGGCCGCGACGAGGAGAUCGGCCGCGUGGUGCGCAUCCUGUCGCGGCGCACUAAGAACAACCCCGUCCUCAUCGGCGAGCCCGGCGUGGGCAAGACCGCCGUGGUGGAGGGACUCGCUCUGCGCAUCAUGCGCGGCGACGUGCCGAGCAACCUCCGCGACGUGCGCCUCGUGGAGCUGGACAUGGGCAUGCUCCUGGCCGGCGCCAAGUACCGUGGCGAAUUUGAGGAGCGGCUCAAGGCCGUGCUGAAGGAGGUGGAGGAGGCCGAGGGGAAGGUGACACUGUUCAUCGACGAGAUACACCUAGUGCUCGGCGCCGGGAGGAUGGAGGGGGCCAUGGACGCGGCCAACCUUUUCAAGCCGAUGCUCGCCCGGGGCCAGCUGAGGUGCAUUGGCGCGACGACGCUGGACGAGUACAGGAGGUACGUUGAGAAGGACGGGGCGUUCGAGAGGCGGUUCCAGCAAGUCUUUGUGGCAGAGCCCAGCGUGAACGACACCGUGAGCAUACUGAGGGGGCUCAAGGAGAGGUACGAGGGGCACCAUGGUGUAAGCAUACAGGACCGUGCAUUGGUGGUAGCCGCGCAGCUCUCGUCAAGAUACAUCACGGAGCGUCAUCUGCCUGACAAAGCAAUCGAUUUGAUUGACGAGGCAUGCGCAAGCGUCAGGGUGCAACUCGACAGCCAGCCUGAAGAGAUUGACAGCCUCGAGAGGAAGAAGAUCCAACUGAAAAUCGAUCUUCUUUCUCUCAACAAGGACAAAGACAAGGGUAACCAAGAUGAUCUAAGGAAGGUCAGUGAACAGUUGGGCGCUUUGGAGGAGAAGCUGAGGCCGCUCAAGGAUCAGUAUGAGGAGGAGAAGGCGAGAAUCGAUAGGAUCAGGCACCUGAAGCAGCGUCGUGAUGAGCUGCAGACCGCUGUGCAAGAGGCCGAGCGCCGAAUGGAUUUGGCCCGUGUGGCUGACCUCAAGUAUGGUGCUCUGAAAGAGAUUGACGAUACCAUUGCCAAGCUAGAGGAUAAGAUUGGGACUGGUGUCAAAUUGAUGUUAACGGAGACUGUCGCCCCGGAGCGGAUUGCAGAGGUCGUGAGCCGCUGGACAGGCAUUCCUGUUACUAGGCUUGGACAAAAUGAGAAGGUGAGGCUGCUUGGGCUGCUUCAGAGACUGCGUGAUAGGGUGGUCGGACAGGAUGAAGCCGUCAAUGCAGUUGGAAAGGCCGUCCUAAGGUCAAGGGCUGGUCUUGGACGGCCACAACAGCCUACUGGUUCAUUCAUGUUCCUUGGAUCCACCGGUGUUGGUAAGACUGAGCUCGCCAAGGCUCUUGCUGAGCAACUAUUUGAUGAUGAGAACCUAAUGGUUCGCCUUGACAUGUCUGAAUAUAGGGAAGAGCAUUCGGUUGCCCGGCUAAUCGGCGCGCCACCAGGCUAUGCUGGUCACGAGCAAGGGGGCCAACUGACAGAACCAGUGAGGAGGAGGCCAUACAGUCUCAUCCUCUUUGAUGAGGCUGAGAAGGCAAAUGUACAAGUAUUGAACAUUCUCCUGCAGGUUCUUGAUGAUGGAAGGUUAACUGACGGGCAAGGCAGGACAGUUGACUUCAAGAAUACCGUCAUCAUCAUGACUUCAAACAUCGGGGCCGACCACCUCCUCAAGGGAAUCAAGGGCAGUUCCACUUCCAUGGAGCAAGCUCACGGUAAGGUCAUGGAGGAGGUGAAGGGGCAUUUCCAUCCGGAGCUACUGAAUCGUCUGGACAAAAUUGUCAUCUUCGACCCUCUGUCCCAUAAGCAACUGCGCAAGGUCGCUCGACGCCAUAUGAAAGAUGUGGAAGCCCGUCUUGCAGAGAGGCGCGUUGCUCUGGUCAUCACUGACGACGCCCUGCACGUCAUCCUGUCACAGCCUCACGAUCCAGGCCAUGGUGCUAGGCCUAUCAAGGGAUGGAUCGAGGACAAUAUAGUCACCGUGCUCUCCGUGAUGUUGAUCAACGAAGAGAUUGCUGAGAACUCCACAGUUUACGUAGAUGCUGCUCCCAACAAAAAUGAGCUGACCUAUAGGGUCGACAAGGAUGGAGGAGUGGUGAAUGCGCAGGCAGGCCAUGAAUCUGAUAUCGUCAUCUAUGUGCCUAGUGGUAGUGGAGCAAUUGGGAAAUAAGGGUACGUACGUGGCAGACAUAUCCAUGGACCGGGACAUUUACCAAUGAAUUCUCGUGGGCAGUUACCACUGAACUCGCAGGUUACAUAUAUGCGCAUAGAUUUUGAUCCAGUCAUAGCCAUGUGAUAUCCGUGUUAUAUAUGUUCACACACACGUAUAUGAAUGUAGCAGGUAUGUAUGUAUGCAUGCAUGUAUGUAUGUGGGGAGAGGGUGCUUUCCCUCUUGUCAAAACAUAUAUGUAUGUUUGUAUGUAUGUCCGUAAUUUGCAGCAAAAAACAAAAACAAAAACAUAUGUGUCUAUAUUAUACACCAA